GCAAAAGAAGAGCACACUGCUUUUACAGGCGAAAAGGGAGAAGCCAAUGACACCGAGAUUACCAUUCUCAUCAAUUCCAGCUUUAUAAUCAUCGAAGAUUUGGAGGUCUACAACGCCACAGAUUUGGAGCCCGCAGAGCCCGUUGUACAGAAGACCUUCGGAAAGCUAGGGGGAUUUCGGAAACCUGGUCUCCCGUCGUGUCGAACCUUUUCGGUCGCGGAAAAGUACCGCAUGUUGGAGGGCAUAGGAGGACGAAAUCAACUCUACAUGGCUGAGACACCCGAUGAAGCUUCACGAGGUUUUGUGCAGCCAUCACCGUCGCCAAUCUCGAAAGCUAAAUUCCCUUGGUGA